AUCCCAGUGCGCCAACAGAUUAUCUCCUCCCCGCCGGCUUCUUCCGCUACUGCGGGGAGGGCCGGAACUUUUUUUCAUAGGAACGGGUUUACACAGCAGUGUUGCCGGCCGGCAUCGAGGAAACUAGGGUGCCGUCCUCUUCCUUUCGGCGUCGCCGCCGCGGAGCGGAGCAGAGCUGGUCAUAGUCAAGGAACUCGGUUACCGGGCGGGCUGGGUCUAUGGUCGCUCCGCGGGCCGCUCCGUCGGCUGGUGCUUUUUUAUCAGGGCAAGCUGUGUUCCAUGGCAGGGAACUUUUGGCAGAGCUCCCACUAUUUGCAGUGGAUUUUGGAUAAACAAGACCUUUUGAAGGAGCGCCAAAAGGACUUAAAGUUUCUCUCAGAAGAAGAAUAUUGGAAAUUACAAAUAUUUUUUACAAAUGUUAUCCAAGCAUUAGGUGAACAUCUUAAAUUAAGACAACAAGUUAUUGCAACUGCUACCGUCUAUUUCAAGAGAUUCUAUGCCAGGUAUUCUCUGAAAAGUAUAGAUCCUGUAUUAAUGGCUCCUACGUGUGUGUUUUUGGCAUCCAAAGUAGAGGAAUUUGGAGUAGUCUCUAAUACAAGAUUGAUUUCUGCUGCUACUUCUGUAUUGAAAACUAGAUUUUCAUAUGCCUUUCCAAAGGAGUUUCCUUAUAGGAUGAACCAUAUACUAGAAUGUGAAUUUUAUCUUUUGGAACUCAUGGAUUGUUGCUUGAUAGUGUAUCAUCCUUAUAGACCUUUGCUCCAGUAUGUGCAGGACAUGGGCCAAGAAGACAUGUUGCUUCCCCUUGCAUGGAGGAUAGUGAAUGAUACCUACAGGACGGAUCUUUGCCUACUGUAUCCUCCUUUCAUGAUAGCUUUAGCUUGCCUACAUGUAGCCUGUGUUGUACAGCAGAAAGAUGCCAGGCAGUGGUUUGCUGAGCUCUCUGUGGACAUGGAGAAGAUUUUGGAAAUAAUCAGGGUUAUUUUAAAACUUUAUGAGCAGUGGAAGAAUUUUGAUGAAAGAAAAGAGAUGGCAACUAUCCUUAGUAAGAUGCCAAAACCAAAACCACCUCCAAACAGUGAAGGAGAGCAGGGUCCAAAUGGAAGUCAGAACUCUAGCUACAGCCAGUCUUAAAACAUUCCGAAGAAUUCCGUAGUGGACCACUUGGAAAUAAACCAUUGGACAGAUUUCAGUAAUGUCUUCAAUGGAACACAAAUGAAAAUGAAUAGCUUGUUUCUGUCAAGCACAUUGGGAAGUGAUUUUAUUUUUGCAAAAUAAUCUUUUCCUUAUCUGAUUUGAUUCUAGUACAUAAUUGAUUAAAAUCUCUUUAUUAUAAAAAUUUGAAAAGGUUCAAAUGGACCUACAGACAGACAGACAUAUCAAGAUUUAUAGCUUUUUGAUUAGUAGUUUUUUUUUUUGUUUGUUUUUUUUUAAACUUCGAUUUGUAGCUUUUUAUUAAGUCAGGAAACACGAAGCAUAAUUUGCUUAAAAUUCUCUUUGGUCAUUGAAGGCCAAAAAGAGGACAUAAAAAGUCAAACAUAUGAGGGAUUUUUUUCCCUCCUUAAGUUAAAUUUUAAAGCUGUAUUUAAGGAAUCAAAUCUUACAAAAUCCUGGAAGAUUUUGAUAAUGAUGUUGAUAAUUUCAGGGAAGUUAAUCAAGUACCUAUUGAUUUAAAAGUAUAUUAUAUUCAGUAGUUUUGAUAUCUUGCCAGGGUAGAUACUAGCCCAGCCUAGCAGAAAAGUGCAAUAUGUACAGCAUACUUUAACAUUUUAAAAGUUAUUUUAAUUCUGUAACCGUUUUGAAAUGCUGGGCAAACUUUGGGGAAAAAAAAAAGAUCCUUCAUGAAGUUACUUGCAAUUGAUUCACAGUUAAUUGGGCAUUUUUAAAAGUUAGUUAGAUAAAGCACCAUAAUAUGGUUGAAAUUUGGUAAAAUUUUAAUGUUAACUUUUACUCUACUGUGAAAAUUUUUUAUAAGACAUACACAUCCUAGUUUAUUUUUGUGUUAUAGUGUGGAUUUACAGAUUUACUACAGGUAUCCUGAGCCAGGAACACAAUCAGGUUUCAGACCAGUUUGAUACUGGCUGUUAUUCUUAAUUCUGAUAUGAGUGUAGGAGUUCAGGCUAAAUGUUAUAUCAGUGGGACUGUGCUGUCUGUGCAACUUAAUAAAAUCAUUUUCUUCAGACUUGAAGGAGAGUAAUAAAUAAGAUUUGAAGUCAUAGGAUGUUUAUGUUCAAUUUAAGGAUUAAUUUUUUUCUAUAAAUUAAUUGUGAAAGAUGAAUUAUUAAAUGUUGACUUCCUAGUAAAAAAACUGCAAGAAUAAAAGUAAGUUCUCCAGC